AUGGAUUUAUUGGUAUCUGAAGAUGAUUCAUCUAGUAGUGAGUCAGUCCAUGCUACAAGGCUAAUGAAGUCCGUCAGACUACAUGGUGUAGAGGAGGAUAAAAAAGGGAUAAUACACCCUGAAGAUAUACAACAAACAGAAUUCAAAGAUAGUGAUUCAGAUAAUAAUCAAAAUGAAAAGGAAGAAGAUGAAGAUGAAGAAGAUUUUGAUAAUGGUCCAGGACCUUUAGGUCAAAAUGAUACACCAGCUAUCAAAAGUCAAACUCAGAAGCACAAAGUAACCACAUCAGCAUCAGUAAUAUUGAAUAGACUCCCACCAAGUCAAAGUCAGGUCGUUCAAAAGAUUACACAAGAAUCUACCAUAAAAAUAACGAUAAGAUGUCAACCAAUUGGAUCAACACCUCAAUUAAGCCCCACUGUGUUUAAAAUAUCAGAGACCCAACCAUUUGGAACUUUAGUCAAGUUCAUAAAUAAAAAGCUAAGGAAAAGCUUGAAGGAUAAGAACGAUACAAUACAUUGCUAUGUAAACAAUUCAUUUGCUCCUUCAUCAGAUGAGAUUAUUGGAAAUUUACAUAAAGUAAGUAUAAAUCUUUAUCAGAUCAUUUUAAGAGGAUCAAUUACUAACAUGAAAUCAACCAGCAUUUUGCUAAGAACAAUGAACUUGUGA